AUGGCGGACGCGCCGCGCCCCGCCGCGGCACCCCGGGACGGCGCCGGCUGGCAAGUGGGGGACAUCGUGGUCAAGACGACGACGCGGCUGACCACUACGGGCGGCACCGUCUGGGGGGCGGCGCACCGCGCCAUAGGAUUCCUGGAGGCGUGCCGCGGCCAGCUGGGCCUGGAGCGGCCGGGGAUCAGGAUCCUAGAGCUUGGCGCCGGCUGCGGCCUGCUGGGGCUCACUCUGGCCCGCAACCUGCCGCAAGCAGGGGAGAUCUGCCUCACAGAGCAGGCCUUUGGUGGCGCCCUGGACCACCUGCGUGAAAACGUGGACGCCAAUCGGGCGGCUGGGACGCCCGGAGCUCCAGCAGUCACCACCGCCGCCUGCGACUGGACUCAGGCGCUGAGCGGCGGCGCGGGCGACGGCGGCGCGGGCGACGGCGGCGCGGCGGGCGGGGGCGCGCCGGAAGCGGGGUCGGCCGGGGGAGAGGGGCAGGAGGAGCGGUGCGCCGACACGGCGCGGCUCAUGUCGUCGCGGUGGGACUUGAUCUUGGGAUCAGACCUGGUGGGCGAGGGCGGGGCCGGCAGGGGCGCGGUGGGGCCGGGGCACAGAACCAGGAGGUCCCGCCGGGCCUGA